CUCUCAUCCACCGCGAUGCACAUCGUGGGCGGUGGUCAUGCAGGGGGUAUAAGGCAACGAUGCAAGAUCUAUGACGCGCCAUGGGGAAAAUUCAAAUCCAAAUUUUGUCGGGCAAUCCGCUCUGCAUCCUUACCAUGAGCAAGACGACAGCAGACAGGGAGGAAUGCCCUAUUUGUAAGACGAGAUACAGUACGAACAGUGUUCGGACGAUGUGUUCACGUUGUCAACGGGCUUUCAAAGACAUCAACUUGAAAACUGCACAGGAUUAUGCAGUGUUCACUGACGCAUUGGUGCUGAAAUUGUUACAUUUCCUGCCAAACAUCGGCACGCAACGUCAAAAUAAGCGACGCGGAUGAUAGCUUGCUACAAGUAGCGGCUAGUUAUCUCAAGCUGAGCCAGCAUACCAUCAACAUUUCUCAUGUACGAGCAAAGUUGACGCUUCUAGGUAACCUCUUUGGACAGAAUGCAGCGGGCUUCAAGAAUUGCUUCCUUUAUGUCUACUUCACCUCGUUUCAACAAGGAGCAGUUGCCAAAAUGCAUCAUGAUGAAUUCCAGCUGCACAUAGACGCGCAAAAGCUUCGAAGUCAAGUAAAGAAUCAAAGUCAUCUU